GCCGAUACAACAGUUCGACGUCGGUCGCAAAUUUCGUAGAUUCGCAGUUGGCCGAGCGGCACGGAGUGCGUGUGCAUCGCGGCGGCGACGGACGGCGGUGGUGGGGGUGCGGGGGCGACGGUCCGCGAGUGCGCCCGAUUGCGCUGACAUCACGCUUAGACAGUUGGCCGGCGACCUCGUGCUCCGAUGGAACACCUUCCGGGCUCCGAAACACUAAAAACCACUACUCAACAAACAAACGCAAAACGCACCCCAAAAACGCAACACCGACACCGAUUGAUCUGAUAGGCCGCAUCAGCAGCGAUUCAAUUUUCAUUCUGUUCUCACGUGGUCAGUUCGUUCCGAAACGUACCCAGGUACGUAUCCAUCGGAUUCCGCAUUUCGGUGCCCACAACAGUCUCAGUACUUACUUUACUUACGACAGACAGACAGACACAUAUUGUAGCAAGCAAUUCGCACGAGCGGGCCGUCUCUUUCUCAUUUCUCAUCUCGCGGGAAAUAUCUACUUACAGCCAAGUUGGCCGACGAGUGUUCGCGAAUUUUUCCGCGAGUGUGAUAUUUAUUUAUUUUAUCGGUUCUCGAAAAAAAAAAAAGAAUAAGUGCGUUUUUAUAUAUUUAUUGUACGUAUAAAUGUGGAAUGACGACGACAUGGCUGUGAUACUUCGCGAACAAGUGUCGUCCUAAGUGGUCUCUCUUCAUCUUGAUUAGUUGCUGGUGCAGUUCAACUCCUGGCUCCUGCUGACGCUGCGAAACAUUGUUGUCCGUCGCCGCCAACGUGCGUUCAAUUCGCAUUACAUAAUCAAUGUCAGAAAGCAGUAAGGCCUGGCACAGACAUGGGAAGUGAGCACUACUGCUUGAGGUGGAACAAUCAUCAGAGCAAUCUGCUGGGAGUCUUCAGUCAACUAUUGCGAGACGAAAGUUUGGUCGACGUGACGUUAGCCUGUUCGGAGGGGCAUAGCAUCCGCGCCCAUAAGGUCGUCCUCUCGGCCUGCUCGUCCUAUUUUCAAACGCUGUUCCUCGACCAUCCCAGUCGGCAUCCCAUUGUCAUCCUCAAGGACGUGCACUUCUCCGAGCUACGCACCCUCAUCGAGUUCAUGUACAAAGGGGAAGUAAACGUCGAAUACUGCCAGCUCUCAGCCCUUCUCAAGACCGCGGAAAGCCUUAAGAUCAAAGGACUUGCGGAAAUGACGCAACUUGGAUCGUCCAGGGAUUUCAAACCUAACGACAUAGAAGCCGAACAAAAAGAACCAAAAGAAUUGGUUCUAAAGCGACCGCUUGAAGAUCAAGAUCAGUCUCACAGUCAAACACCUCCUCGAAUAUGCCGGACUCCUGACAGACCUCCUUCAGUCGAGAACAUCCGUACCACGUCUACCCCACGUGAAGAAUGUGGCCCAAGUGAUAUGUCCUUACAUAGCAAUAAUAAUCCAAUAACUAAUUGUCCUGCGUUAGGGGCGGGCCCCCCUAGCAGUCGACUUCCUUCACCUUCUAUCAACGACGAACCGCUCCCCGGACCAUCUGGAUUACCACCUGUACAAGUAGCUCCAUUGUCACUGAAGAAAGAAGCGGACUGGGGCGGAGGAGGGGGCGGAGGGGGUGGCGGAGGAGGCGGCCAAACAAACGAUUCAACAGCAGGCGAAGGUUCAUCCGAAUUCAACAGACCUCCACACGACUCAAAUCUACUUGAUCCAGACCGCAACUUUAGCUUCGAUCGUCCGUCGAGUGCACACAGCAGCAGGUCUUCAACCCCUUUUGUCCUGCCCUUUCCCACGUUAGCUUCAUCUCUUUUGGAAGUAGGUCUUGUACAUCCUGCCUUAAUUGGAGAUGAAAUGUUCAGAUGUUCGGUGUGCAUGGCUGCCUUUCCAUCAGUUUGGCUGUUGGAGCAACACACAGCUCUUCAACACAUGAGCACAUUGAGUACUGUAGACAAGCCCUUUGUUUGCGAGCAAUGCGGUCAAAGUUACCGAUACCGUUCAGCGUACGUGAAGCACAGGGAACAGAACCACAGGGCACGAUUACCAGCUGACAAGUUGUUUUCUUGUGACGUAUGUGGGAUGCAGUUCAGGUAUUUGAAAUCCUUCAAGAAACAUCGGCUCAAUCAUGCUUUGGAACGACUCCAUGGUAAUAGAGCGGACGUAUCAGGAGAAAGUAAAAGUGAUUCAGAAGCCACGAUACCGAGGGAAAGGAUGAUGGAGAACAGUAGCGAUCAAGUAUCGAGUUCGAACGAGACCAUAACAGUGGAUGAGAGUGACCAUGACGGAGUCGUAAAGAAAGAAACGUUAAGCGACGACGCUGGUGAAGGAACGGUUUCCGACGCAGAAAAAAUCGAAGCAGACCAAGACGAUACGGUAGACUCUAUAGGUUCGGGCAUGGGAGGUGGUUCUAGUGGAGGGGGUUCCAGUAUGAUUAAAAGCAACGCCGAAACGUCCUUGAUGAGUCUACUAAGAACCGAUGCCAUAGAUAGACAACGAGAACGAAGGUUUGCAUGUCCCUUUUGUGGGAAGUGUGUGAGGUCCAAGGAGAAUCUUAAGUUGCAUGUGAGGAAGCACACGGGAGAGCGACCGUUCGUGUGUCUGUUUUGCGGGAGGGCGUUCGGAGGUAAGAGCGAUCUGACACGACACCUGAGGAUUCACACUGGUGAAAGACCUUAUCAUUGUGACAUGUGCGGAAAAUGUUUUGCGAGAGCCGAUUACUUGUCUAAACAUCUUACAACGCAUAUUCAUGCUCCCCGUUAAGGUAUAGAAUGUCCAGGAGGGUGUCAUCGGUGUAUGUUACCAAGUCCAAGUAACUUAAUGAUGUACGGGGGUUUCCGAAUGGCAUGGAUUUUUCAUUAUGUGUCACCCUAAUCUCGUGACCCGCAAUAUUUGGAGGUCGAAAUUAAAACACAACUAGCAUUUAAAUAAUCAGUAUCAUGGAAAAGUUGAACGGAACGUAAACACUACAAACGAAAUCACUAUUAGAUAUCCUCUUUUGCAUUCUGAUUUAACUAAAAUUAAACUUUUCCAUUGUUUGAUCGACUGAAGCAAACAACUGAUGAGUAGUAUUAUUAAAAUUUGUGUGUGUUUACGUCUUGCAAUUGUUUUAAAUUUUCUAAAUGGAUUUAAUUGUCAGAUAUUGCUUCAAUUUUUUUCACACCAAAAACUAAAAGACGAGAAACGAUAAAGAUUCCUACUCGAAAAAUUACCAUUUCUUCGUACAAAGUAAAUUUAAAAAGCAUGGGUCAAAAAAUUUUAAUGUUCUCUUUAGAAUUGGUUGAUCUGGUCGUACCUUAUCGUUAUUUUGACACAUGCAAUUAGCAAUGAGGUGCAUUUGUCACAACACGUCCUUAGGAAUUCCCCCUUGUACAUUCAGUAAUAAUUACCUAUAUAAUAUACCUAUAUUAUUCAUAUGAUAACACUGUAUAGUUCUAAUAUGGAAUAAUACCGGGUAUUCUAGUUACCAUGCAACGAAAAUGAAAGAAUGCUAGUCACUUGGCGGUUAAUAAUACUACCUUCGUAUAAGAUUAAGCACAAAAUAAAUAAAUGACAUUUGAAAGAAAUUUUUUUGGCAAAAAGAGAAGACUACAAAAAUAAAAAAAAAAUUAGCGAAAACAAAGAACAAACAAAUUGUAUUUACAUCGAACCUGCGAGUUAUAUUGUGCCAAAUGAAUGUACCUCAUAUUUUAUGAUAUAUAUUCCACGUGUAAGUUGUUUGUAAAAUGUAAAGUAGGUGUUUGAUGUUGUCAAAAUGGUACCUAAAUGUUUAACAUCGGACCCUGCCCGUUGAUACAGAUUUUAUUUUUUAUAUAUGUACAUUCCAGGUAUUUUAAACAGUUGAUAUACAUUAUAUACUUAUACAAUAUACAUACAAACAUUAACUAUAAUAGAACUAGAAGCGUCGUCAGUUGGUUACAGAAUGUUAUAUACCUAACUUCAAACGACAAAUACUACUAUUACUAUUACCUACUACAAACUGAAUAACCGGUUUCGCCACACAGUUCGAGAUGUUAAACAUUUAUUUUUUAAGCAGCUACGUAUGCUGAGUAGUAUCUUAAAACUAUUUACAAUAAUCAGGUAGACACGUUAAACUUCAGUUUCGUUUAACUGAUUUGAUGAAUGUGCCUUUUCGUCUUGUUUGAUCAGGUUUGUCCUAAAUACAGUCCUUCCAUAUUUUCGUUUUUGUCCGUUAUUGAAUGGUGACCAACAGCAUUUUAUUUACAACAGGUUUUUCCCCUUUCUGCUACUGCCUCCCUCAAUAUCAUUAAAUUCGUACUGCAGUUCAAAUGAACUGAACGCUCAGAAAUGCGCGCUUUUAUAGAAUACAAAUGGUAGAGUGGGAGUAAAGAGGCGUGGUUGCUAAUUCACAUUCUUCACAUAAUUGGCUCAUACCCUUCCACAGGGACGCAGCAUUCUCUUCUUUUCUUUCAUGCUAUUGUAAUAUGAUAGAAGUAAAAGCAAGUAACGGAGAGGAAGAAAAAGACGUGGAUGUGAGGUCAUUCACGUCAAACCCCCUUUAUCGAGGGAAGAGUUAAAAAUCUGUUGGCCAUAUAAUUUUGUUGGCCACUGUAUACGUUAAUAGCGUAUAAGGAAAAAACGUGUUCCUAAAAGUAUAGUAGCCUGCAUAGUUGCAAUAUAAUAGUUUACUGUUACAUUAGACUCAAAAAGAGUGGUUAUUGUAUGUAUAAAUGGUUGUAAAAAUAAUUUCAACCACUGUAGGUAUUCCUUCUACAAAAUAUUUUUGCAAAUCGAUACUAUAUACUAUUUCAGAAAAAAUCAUGUUGGCACCUAUAACGUAACAUUCUACUAUCCUUUUUUUUUAAUAUGUUAGAAGUCUGUAUUCACUCUUAUUGGAUUUUUUGAUUAGUCGGCCCCAUAUUGUUAUUUUUUGUUUGUAUUGUGUGACUAGUCGUUAUAGUCUUUUUUGUUUUUAAAUUAUUAAAAUAAGUCCACAAUAUUUUGAAAUUUUUACACCUCUUGAUUGAAAAAACUGUUGAUACCUAAAUUCAGUUGUCGAAAAGUUUAUUAUAAUUUAUAGUGAUGAUAUUAAAAAAAAAUAUUCACUUUCACAGAAAGUGAAAUCGAAAUAUAUGCAAUGGUAUUUGCUUGUAAUCGUAUUUGCAAUUAAUAUUUUAUUUUAUUUGCUGGAAUGCACAAAAAUAACGAAAUGUAAAAAGAGAUAUUAGGAGGGACAGAGACUUAUUCAAUUACAGCUUUUACAAUUAAAAAAAAAACGUGUAUCCAAAAUUAAUGUUGUGGUCUUUAUUAUUCUUGGUGUUCUGAUGUCUGUACAGCUUUUAUAUAAUCGCUAUUUAGAUUAUAAAAAAUUAAGAACAACACGUGUAACCCAAACUUACCCUUUUCUGAUUAUAGCUGUCCGCUGCUACUGUGUAUUUCUUAGAUCUAAAUUGUAUUGAUAUUAAAAAUGUUUUUAUGGUACACUUCAACUCUUACCACGGUCAGAUGUAUGAUUAUUUUAACUUCUUAAAGUAUAACUUUUGACAGUUUACUUGUAUGUUGCGAUAUAUACAUUUUAUAUAUAUAGAAAAAUGCCUUUAAGACUUCUACAUGUCCGCAAGUCCACAUAACCUCAAAAUAUUCGUUAAUCAUUAUCGUAUGUAAUGUGUAUCAUUUAAAUUGUUCGCUCUCUUAUCCUUUAUACACAAUAAUAGUUUUAUGAAAACAAAAUACUUCUAAAGGAAAGUUAGUGCACCAUUAUUCUUUUUAAAAUAAGGUUUUAGGUUGCGUUCAAUUUAAUGCUCAUGCGCGAGCCUAUUACUGUAAUGCGAAAUUGAACACACCCUUUUUAGAUUGCCUUAAUAGUGAAUGAUAUAAUAUUGAAAUAUUAUGUUUGCUAGCCGUGUUAAGAGUAUGAUUUUAAUGUGACAACAUAUAGUUAACUAUUUGGACAAUUAUUUAUAGAAGUAGCAGAUAUACAAGGUGUUCAUACAUAAAUAUGAUUUACAUUUUACCACUCUUUAUUUAAUAUGGUCCACAAAAAUCAAGAGGUGAAAUAAAAAGAUAAAAGUUUGUUUCGCAUACCGUCCUGUCCUUAAAUAUAACAAAUAGGUAAUAAUAAUAAAUAAUAAUAAUCUUAAGGACUAAUUACAACAAACAAUGAUCACCUAGUAUAUAUAUUUAUAUAUACAUACAUAUAUAUACUUACUCAAAUUGCCUCAUUUAUACUCGUUAUGUGAUAACUGAUCUGCAAUAAUUGUAGGAUUAUGUAACUUUUGAAUAUUUUUACUUUUUCAAGAGCAAGAGCGCUGUUCCAUGUUUUAUAAAUAUAGGAAGUCUUGUGAUAAAGAGAUUUGUAUAAUAUUUUAUGUUUAUGCGGAGACCAAAUAUUUUGUAAAUAUUGUAAUUAUUUGUUUUUUAAUGGAAGAAUACACAUAAAGGAUUGUACUAACCGCGAUUUCUUCAGAAAACUACUCAUCAAAAACAUGCACCUUUUUCUAGGAUUUCUUUAGAUGAAAGUAAUUCCUGAUUUUUAAUUAUAAUAUUACAAUUAAUUAACUAGAAAACAGACCAGUCAUUAUAAUGUGGAAAAUGAGAUUGUGGUAAAAGAAAUUAAUAAACCAAAAAGAGAGACUCAUCCAAACUAACUACUGUUCGUAGUGGCCACGUGUUUCAUCCAUUUUGAAUGUGAGUACUGUCAACGCGAGAUAAAAUGGCGCAUUCGAAAUGGACAAAGCACGUGUCUGCUGUGAACAAUGUUGGUGACAAUGAUGAACUUUGUUUUUGGUUUAUCAGUAAUUGUCUAUUUGCAUUUUGUAAGACGAGGAAAUUAUUCUACAUGUCCAUUUAUUUGUAUCUACACAAUUGUAUUUAGUGAAAAAAAAAAUCUCCCAGAUUUAAUUUGGUAAUUUAAUGGUAUUACAACAGAAAUCAAAAAUGACGUAAGAAUGCACGUUGUUUGCUAACUUUCAAUUAAAUUAACAAAUGUAUUUUUAUUGCACUAUAAUUUUAACAUAAGUUUGUCGUUUCUCAAAACAAUACUAACAUUUUUGUUUUUAGUUGUUGGCAACAAUUCUUUAUGAGUAGUUUUUCCUUGUUAACAAUUGUUUGAUCAAUGUAAUGGUUUAAUUUCUACACACGCGCAACAAACCAGAACUGAAGGGCUUGAAGUUUGACAUUGCUCAGUACUUUUUAGUAAAAAAAAAAGCUGGUGCUGUAUUUGUGAAUGAUAUUGUGAUAAGGAAAUGCGAAUGUUAUAAUAAAACAAAAAUAGGUCCGUAUUAGGAUAAGGUCGAAUCCUACGUACUAUUAAAAAGGCGUUACAUUAAGUCUAGGUGGAAUUGUUAAUUAUUAUGUGUGAUGUUACUACCAACUACUAUUAUUAAACUAAAUGAAAUUUGUAUAUUACCAUUAUUUGUAAUUUUAUGUCAUCUACAUAAAUACAUUAUUUUGAUGUGAG